GUCGAUAUCAUUUUCUUGAAUAGUACAAUCGUUGAUGUGAUCCAUCAAUUACGUAUUUUCUUAUUAUAGUACAUUAAAUGAGUUGUUUCACAUUGCUUCAUUAGAGAAGUUCUUCGAUUCUUUAAUGUAUUGUUAAUAUUUUUGCAUAUAAUUUUUUUGUCAAAAUUUCAAGAAAGCUUUUUUGUGUGAAUAUUUUCUAAUAAUUAGUAUUUUUACAUUUUCUAAAGUAAAACUAUUAAAAUGCCGGUAUUUCAUACAAAAACUAUAGAAAGUAUUCUCGAACCUGUCGCACAGCAGGUUUCGAGACUUGUUAUCUUACAUGAAGAAGCUGAAGAUGGAAAUGCAAUGCCUGAUUUAGGAAAACCUGUACAAGCUGUUAGUAUGGCAGUAGCAAAUCUUGUUAAGGUAGGAAAAGAAACAAUUAAUUCUUCUGAUGAUGCCUUGCUUAAACAAGAUAUGCCUGCUGCAUUACAACGUGUUGAAGGAGCUUCACGUCUUUUAGAAGAAGCAUCAGCUAUGUUAAAACAAGAUCCUUAUUCUGGACCAGCUAGAAAAAAACUUAUAGAAGGUUCACGUGGUAUUCUUCAAGGAACUAGUUCCUUAUUACUAUGUUUUGAUGAAAGUGAAGUACGUAAAAUUAUCAGAGAAUGUAAAAGAGUAUUAGAUUACUUGGCAGUAACCGAAGUUAUUGAAACAAUGGAAGAUUUAGUUCAUUUUCUUAAAAAUUUAAGUCCUUGCCUCAGUAAAGUAUCAAAAGAAGUAAGUGCUCGAGAAAAAGAGUUAACUCAUCAAGUGCAUAGAGAAAUUUUAGUACGUUGCUUAGAACAGGUAAAAACACUUGCACCAAUUCUCAUCUGCUCCAUGAAAAUAUUUAUUCAUAUUAUCUCUCAAGGCGGUAAAGGAGCAGAAGAAGCAGCUGAAAAUCGUAACUAUUUAUCAGGUAGAAUGUCAGAUGAAUUAAAUGAAAUUAUCAGAGUAUUACAACUUACAACAUAUGAUGAAGAAGAAUGGGAUGCUGACCAAUUAACAGUAUUAAAAAAAGCACAAAGUGCUAUAGAAUCUAGAAUAAGAGCUGCUUAUGAUUGGUUAGAUGAUGGACUUGCAUUGCGUGGUGGAUUAGGAGAAAAGAGUCUUCGUCAAAUAGUUGAACAAGCACAGCGAUUAGCAGAAAGAUAUCUUCCACCAUCACAAGCAGAAUCAUUACAAAAAUUAACUUCGCAAAUUGUCACUAUGACCAAUGCUCUUUGUGAAUUAAGACAAAAUGAGAAAGGAACUACACCACAAGCAGAAGCUUUAGCACGUAGUAUAAAGGAAAAAACAAAUGAACUUCGUAGCUCUAUAGCUUCUGCCAUAAUUGCUGCUGAUAAAUCUGGAACCACGCAGACUGCUCAUACAGUUGCAGGUCGUUUAGAACAAGCAAAUAAAUGGCUUCUUAAUCCUCAACAUGAUGAUAAAGGACUUGGACAAAGAGCAAUAGCAUUAAUUAUACAUGAAGGAAAAAAGAAUCAACAACAUGUAGCAAAUGUUGCUGAGGGUUUACCAGGAAUACAUAAAGCAGAAAUUUUACAACUUUGUGAUGAAGUUGACAAUCUCUCCCAUCAACUUGGUGAUUUAUGUGCUCAUGGUCAAGGAAAUACACCUCGUGCUCAAGAAAUCGCUCGUCAAUUAUCACAUAAGCUAUAUGAGCUAAAGAACAGAAUACAGCAAGCUGUUGUGUCUAGAGUAGUUGAAGAUUUUAUUGAUAUAACGACGCCUCUGAAACAGUUUACAGAUGCUGUGUUGACCCCAGAAGGUUCUUUAGGUCGAGAUCAAAAUUUUAAUGAUAAGACUCAUGCUCUUCAAACAUUUUCCAAUAGAGCAACAAAAACAGCUAAAAUGGUGGCUGCUGGUGGAAGUGGAGGCAAUAAAAAAUUGGCAGAAGCAUUAACUACAAGUGCUUCACAAGUUGAAUCUUUAACACCACAAUUAAUUAAUGCUGGGCGUAUUCGAAUGACUUAUCCUGAUAGUAAAGCAGCUGAUGAACAUUUUGAAAAUUUGCGGCAGCAAUAUGCAGAUACAAUGCAAAGAGUUCGUGCACUAUGUGAUGAAGCAACUGAUAGUGGAGAUUUCAUUAGAACUUCAGAAGAACAAAUGCAAAAACAUUCAUUCCUAUGUGAAGAAGCUAUUGCAAAAAGUCAUCCACAAAAAAUGGUUGACAAUACGGCUGCUAUUGCCAGAUUAGCUAACAGAGUAAUACUUGUAGCAAAACAAGAAAGUGACAAUAGUGAAGACACUGCAUUCAUUCAAAGAGUAAACCAAGCUACAGAUAUUCUCCAAAAUAGUGUUGCUCCAAUGGUCCAAGAUGCAAAAUUAGUUGCAAUUAAUAUCAAUGAUAAUAAUGCAGUUUCUCAUUGGAGAGAAAGUAAUCGUACACUUUUAUCUAAUGUUGGACAAGUUCGUAAGGCUAUCGUACUUCAACCAGAUGUGAUAUCUCCGCCAGAGGUAUCGCAAUUGCAUCUUAAUGAUGACAAACAUUUGCCAAGCCGUCAAUAUAAUUACUUCAUAGACAAAGUUGGUGAACCUUUAAGAAAUCAACCAUCGCCAAGCAAUUUAUGUGUCAUCAGCCCUAGUCUAAACACAAAUAAAUCCCAACAUCGCUCUAUCAGUCCAUUACCAAAGUGGGCACGUGAAGGAGAUAACCCUGAUCUCCUAUAUCAAGAACUGGCUUCUGAUAUCGAGUUAGAAAAAUCAGUUCAUGAUGGAGGCUACUAUUAUGAUUAUGAUAAUGAUGAUGAAGUUGUUCCACCACGUCCUCCUUUGCCUGGUGGAGAUAUUCCGCCUCCACGACCUCCACCACCAGAAACAGAUGAUGAAGAUGAAAUGUUUAUGCACGCACCGCAACCGAAUCAACCUAUAAUGAUGGCUGCUCAUGGCUUGCAUCAAGAAGUAAGACAGUGGUCGAGCAAGGAUAAUGAAAUUAUCGCUGCUGCGAAAAAAAUGGCUAUUUUAAUGGGCAGAUUAUCAGGCUUAGUUAGAGGAGAAGGUGGUAAUAAAAGAGAUCUGAUUGCAUGUGCUAAGGCUAUUGCAGAAGCUUCUCAGGAAGUUACUCGUUUAGCUAAGGAGUUAGCUAGAGAAUGCACGGAUAAACGUAUUCGUACAAAUCUUCUUCAAGUUUGUGAACGAAUACCUACUAUAGGAACGCAAUUAAAAAUAUUAUCAACAGUGAAAGCUACAAUGUUGGGUGCUCAAGAAAUGCUCCCUACCUGGGAAGAGUUGAUGCUUUAUGGCACAGAAGAAGAUCAGGAAGCAACAGAUAUGUUAGUUGGAAAUGCUCAAAAUCUUAUGCAAAGCGUAAAAGAAACUGUUCGUGCAGCAGAAUGUGCUAGUAUAAAAAUACGUACCGCAUCUGGUAUGAAAUUACGAUGGGUGCGACGACAACCUUGGUAUCAAUAUUAAACAAGCAAUUGCAAUAUAAUGAAAGUGAAUUAUAAAAGUUAGGUAAGAUUUGUUAAUAUUAACUUUGAUUGAGUUUAAA